ACCGCCCACUUUUUCCGACACCACAAGCCCCAUAAGCAGCAAAACAACGUUCCCAAUCCCAAUCCCAAUCCUAUCCAGAGCCUUCUUGCUCUCCUGGUUCCUAGUUCUGGGUCGUUCUCGUCUUCUUGAACCGAAGACAAACGUUCUUGCUCCAUCUUUCGUUCGAAUUAUGGAAUUGAUCCCCGGUCUACCCGACGACAUAGCACGAGAAUGCUUGAUCCGUGUGCCUUACGGCGGGUUCUCUACCGUCGCGUCCACGUGCAAGGGGUGGAAGUCCGAGAUAGAGCGUCCACAGUUUCGGUCGCAGCGCAAAUCCGCGGGCCACAGCCAGACCAUCGUCGUCAUGGCUCAGGCCGUGCCCGACCCGAGCCGAGAAACCGGGUUCUCGAAGCUGUCCCACGGCCCGGUUUACCGCCUGACCGCCUUCGAGCCGCUCUCCGGUUGCUGGAGCGAGUUGCCGCCGCCUCCCGAGUUCUCCGGGGGCUUCCCUAUGUUUUGCCAGUUGGCAGCUGCUGGGUCGGAUCUCGUCCUCGUCGGCGGGCUGGAUCCGGUUUCGUGGGAGGCCUCCAGCUCGGUCUAUGUCUAUAGUUUUAUGACCGGCACGUGGCGGCGCGGGGCCGACAUGCCGGGAGUGAGGCGGUCCUUCUUCGGGUGCGCGUCGGAUGGGGAUCGGGUGGUGUUCGUGGCCAGCGGGCACGACGGAGAGAAGAACGCCCUGAGAUCCGCCCUGGCGUACCACGUGGAAAGGGACCAGUGGGUCCCGUUGCCCGACAUGGCGAGGGAGCGCGACGAGUGCAAGGCGAUCUUCCGCCGUGGCAAGUUCCACGUCGUCGGCGGAUACAACACCGCGAUGCAGGGGAAGUUCGAGAAGAGCUCCGAGGAGUUCGACCCGGCCACGUGGCAGUGGGGCCCGGUGCGGGAGGAUCUCCUGGCGGCCAGCACGUGCCCGAUGACAUGCGUGGACGGCGACGGGGAUGAUGACCUGUACAUGUGUAGGGACGGCGACGUGCUGGCGCUCAGAGGGCGCACGUGGCGGGCGGUGGCUAAAGUACCGGCGGACGUGUCCAAUCCAGCUCAUGUGACAAAGUGGCAAGGGAAGUUGCUCGUGAUUGGGUCUCCAAGAUCCGGCGGGGCCCAGAAGGUUUAUGCGUUGGACACGAGUUCAUCUAAUUGGAUCAGCAUCGAGUCGCCGGAGAAAUUCUCCGGCCAUGUUCAGGCCGGGUCUUGUUUGGAAAUUUAGGGGAAUCCAAGUUGACUGCGGGAAUUGUGUAUAUAAUAGCACGGAGAUGAAACUUUUGUUAUGGUAUUACUGUACAUUGUAUUAUACUCAAUACAUCUUUGCAAAAUCAUGUAA